GCUUUGCUAGAGACCCCAAAUGCUGGAGCGAAGGUUUGGACCCCGCAGCUCUGGUCUCUCUGUUCAUCAGUUCCUGAAGAUGCCCAGUGCCUGCCAAGGAUGGUCAGAAUGGAGCAGGCCUGGGCGGAGGGGGCAGGGAGGCGCUGCCUACCUGGACAGCUUGCAGAACGCAGGAAAAACCAGGCGGAAAAGAAGCCCUGCGGCGCGAGCCAAUCAGGAAUCAAGAGCCCGCCCCUCAACCCAUUAGGGUGGCAGUUUCUCGCAGCAGCCUUUGGACACUUCUGAAAACGCCCUGAGUUUUCGCGGGAAAAAAAGAAACUCCUAGCAGCUGGAAGGAUCGCGCGCUCCCGGGCUCAUUCAGGUUCUCUGCCACGCACGCGGCUUCCUCCUCGGUCACCCAACCCCAGAGCCCUAACCAGGAGCAGGCACUCCAGGCCUGAGUACAGUCCGGAUCGCAGCCGCGGGAGAGUGUAUUGGCACCAUGUGGAUCCAGGUCCGAACCAUGGAUGGGAAGGAGACCCGCACCGUGGACUCCCUGUCUAGGUUGACCAAAGUGCAGGAGCUGAGAAAAAAGAUUGCGGAUAUGUUUCACGUGGAACCCCAACUGCAGAGACUCUUUUACAGGGGGAAACAGAUGGAGGACGGCCACACACUCUUUGAUUAUGACGUGCGCCUCAAUGACACAAUCCAGCUGCUGGUGCGCCAGAGUCUGGCACUGCCUUCCAGUUCGAAGGAACGGGAUUCGGAGCUCUCAGACUCUGACUCUGGCUAUGGUGUGGGUCAGAGCGAGUCCGACAAGUCGUCCACGCAUGGCGAAGGGGCUGCUGAAGGGGAUGACAAGACUGUGUGGGAGGACACAGAACUGGGGCUGUACAAGGUUGAUGAGUACGUGGACGUGCGUGACAACACCUUGGGUGCAUGGUUUGAGGCCCAGGUGGUCCAGGUGCAGAAGAGAGCCCCAUCCCAGGAAGAGCCUUGCAGCUCCAGUACCAGCAUGACUCCGGAGGAUGACAUCAUGUACCAUAUCAAAUAUGAUGACUACCCAGAGAGUGGAGUGGAGGUUGUCAAAGCCAAGGAUGUCCGUGCCCGUGCCCGCACUGUGAUCCCGUGGGAGGACCUGGAAGUGGGCCAGGUGGUAAUGGCCAACUACAAUGUGGACUACCCCAGGAAGCGCGGCUUCUGGUAUGACGUCGAGAUCUGUAGGAAGCGGCAGACCAGGACGGCGCGGGAGCUGUAUGGCAACGUCAUGCUCUUAAACGAUUCUCAGCUCAACAACUGCCGGCUCAUGUUCGUGGAUGAAGUCUUUAAGAUUGAGCUCCCUAAUGAGAGGAGCCCCUUGAUUGGGAACCCCUCGCAGCCCCCUCCUCCGCUCCGGAAAACAGGGAAGAGCGGCCCGUCCUGCCAGUACUGCAAGGACGACGAGAACAAACUGUGUCGCAAGUGUGCCUGCCAUGUUUGCGGUGGGCGUGAGGCUCCUGAGAAGCAGGUGCUGUGUGACGAGUGUGACAUGGCCUUCCACCUGUACUGCCUGCAGCCACCGCUUACUUGCGUCCCCCCUGAGCCUGAGUGGUACUGCCCCAGCUGCCGGACCGACUCCAGCGAGGUGGUGCAAGCAGGCGAGAAGCUGAAGCAAAGCAAGAAGAAGGCGAAGAUGGCAUCAGCCACGUCAUCCUCCCGUCGGGACUGGGGCAAGGGCAUGGCCUGUGUGGGCCGCACCAGAGAAUGUACCAUCGUGCCCGCCAACCACUUCGGGCCCAUCCCUGGCGUCCCUGUGGGCACCAUGUGGCGCUUCAGAGUCCAGGUCAGUGAGUCUGGUGUGCAUCGGCCGCACGUGGCGGGCAUCCAUGGGCGGAGUAAUGAUGGUGCUUACUCAUUGGUGCUGGCUGGAGGCUACGAGGAUGAUGUGGACAACGGCAAUUCCUUCACAUACACAGGAAGCGGUGGCCGGGACCUCUCAGGCAACAAGCGUACGGCAGGACAGUCCUCUGACCAGAAGCUUACCAACACCAACAGGGCUCUGGCGCUAAACUGCAACUCCAAAAUCAGUGAGAAUGGGGCAGAGGCCAAGGACUGGCGCCAGGGGAAGCCAGUGCGUGUCGUCCGCAACAUGAAGGGUGGGAAACACAGCAAGUACGCGCCUGCAGAGGGCAACCGCUACGAUGGCAUCUACAAGGUGGUGAAGUACUGGCCAGAAAAGGGUAAAUCUGGCUUCCUCGUGUGGCGCUACCUCCUGCGACGGGAUGACACGGAGCCUGGGCCCUGGACCCGGGAGGGCAAGGACCGCAUGCGGCAGCUGGGGCUCACUAUGCAGUACCCCGAAGGCUACUUGGAGGCCUUGGCUAGCAAAGAGAAGAGUAAGAAGUGCCGAGCCAAGGCCUUGGAGAAGGAAUCACCCUCUAAGACGGGCUCAGCCAAGCGGAAGCCCACAGGCCAGGCCACUAAUACACGUAUACCCAAGAAGAGCAAACUGGAGCCCUUCACGCUCCCUGUCGAACAGGCCAACCUCAUCAAGGAGGACAAGAGCAAUGCCAAGCUGUGGGAUGACGUGCUGAGUUCACUUCAGGAUGGGCCGUACCAGGUCUUUCUGAGCAAGGUGAACGAGGCUUUCCAGUGCAUCUGCUGCCAGGAGCUGGUGUUCCGGCCUGUCACCACCGUGUGUCUGCACAAUGUCUGCAAGGACUGCCUGGACAGGUCCUUCCGGGCCGAGGUGUACAGCUGCCCAGCCUGUCGCUGUGAUCUGGACCACAGCUCCCCAACCCGGGUGAAUCAGCCUUUGCAGACCAUUCUCAACCAGCUCUUCCCUGGCUACGGCAGCGGCCGGUGAUGCCGCGAACCAGGCGGGGGGGCCCUCGAUCCUGCUUCGAGUUCUUAGUGGGCUUAGCUUGAAGGUGUUGUCCUUCCACAUCUGCCCCUGGUGACCCGUCUGCCUUGAUCGCCAGUUAACCAGGAAUACUGUAUUCUGGCUACCACUUGGACGUCUGUCUUUCGUUUCUUUUUUUCUUCUCUCUUUCUUAUAUAUAUAUAUGUAUAUAUAUAUAUGUAUGUAUACAUACAUACAUAUAUAUAUAUAUAUAUACACACAUACAACGUCUGUAAGUCUCCAAGAGAAGGGAAAAAGAACCCUGCCUUUUCUUUUUCUUUUUUGGAGAUGGAUUUGGAAACUGUUGAGCCCGCACCAACCUCAGUGCCAUGUUGUCAGUUCUCACCUUGAGAGCAGCUGCCUAGAACAACUCUGCAACCAUCUUUGAAAAGACCAGGUAUAUCUCCCUGGCAGCCAUGCCUUAGGCCUUCACAGAAGACCUGAAGGGGACCCUGGGCCAGCCUCAGCCCUGGUGUUGCCAUCCUCACGGGUGCCUCUGGGGCCUAGCUGACACUCCUCCAGCGGGACUUGGCUGUGACCUCAGGGCCGGUCACCGGCUGAGGCGAAGCUGACCAUGCGCCCUCGGCUCACCGCCCCUUCCACUGCUAUCAGCACUGAACUGUCCAAUGCCCAUCUUGGAAGCCUGGCCGCUGGGUACUCGCUGGCUGGGUUUUGUGGAGGCUUGAGGUGUAGCGACCAGUUCUCAUCUUGUUUUUAACUCGGCAACUGAAAAUUAUGAGGGUUUCUUUAUUUUUCUAAGGGGAUGAAUGGUUUCCUUGAUGAAUUUCUUUAGUUACAGCCUGUACUGAAGAAGACUGUGAUUGCAUGGUUGGUUUUUGUUUUCUUUUGUAACUGGUAACUUUGCCAAAGUGUGCAGGCCAUACCUCAGUAGAGCAUGGGAACUGAACACGUAACGUAACUGCAGGCAGACCGGAUAGCACUGUUUUAAGGGUCACUUUUUGUGUUUCGUGGGGUUUUGUUUUGUUUUGUUUUGUUUGUUUUGUUAGGUUGUUAACAUGUUAGGGAAGAAAACAGAAUUCCAUGUGUCCAUGUGAAUAUUUUCUGAAGUUCAAUUUUUUUGUUCAGAUUUUAGAUCUCAAUUAAAUUUUUUUCUGCAGAUUUGAA